AUGUUAAUCCUAUUGAAAUUCAUUGUAUUUUUAUAUUAUAUUGAAAAGGCUCAAAGUAAACAAACUUACUAUUGGGAGAAGUAUCAUGAAGAGAAAAAUGCUAACGAAGCUCCCACGAGGAUUCUGCAGUUAAUGCGUUCAUAUUAUGAAGAAAACCAUGCCCGAGUUGCUGCACUGAAUCCUAUGAGGUUCAUGUACGAAGAGAGCCCGUAUUAUGAACAAGGAUACGUAGUAUCAGAACUCCUUGAAAGGUACAGAAAACUGGUGGAAACUAGCCAAAGGGUUUUCGUAUACAACUCAGAUACUUUCUUCCAUACACUGAAAAGGGUUGAGUGGGCUCAGAGAUUGUACUUUGAAAUCUACCAUUUAGUCAGAAUGAUGCACGAGACACCUAAAAAAUGGCAAAUCGAUCCAGAAUUCUUCAUAACCGAGCAAAUACGACCCAAAGGCAUGGAAUCAGCGGCAAUUUCGUCAGUUCAAGUUAAAGGCGAAGAAAAUAAAGAAGGGCCGAGCCAAGAGGACUUGGAAAGAUUAAAAACAUUUAAAGAUGUCCUCGACGUAAUGGCAAAGAAACGAGACAAGAAUAGAAAAAUGAAAAGGAAGAUAUAUAAACAAAUACGUGAAACGUUCCUUGCAAAUGUUACAGGGAAAAUGAAUUACUCCGAAAUAUAUAAAAAUAUGCACAAGAAAUACAAUGUCCAGUGGCCGAUUGACUACGGAUGGGAGAUUGACUAUGAAUGGUAA